AUGCCAUCUCGGGGCUUGGAAGAAGUAUUUUCCGUCCAGAGUAAAAAUGCAGAUCUUGUAAAACUACACCCUGUCAUCAAAGAGCAUAGAGAAGAACUGAAAAGGCUAAUAAAGGUUUUAAACAAUCAAGUGGGAGCACACUCGAAAAAAACCGAUAGUGAAGUUGCAGAUGAACCUAACUUAGAAGACGUUCAAGUAGAAGAACAAGUGACGCGACUUAAGGCACUCUUGAAACUCCUACAAAAGAAUUACGAUUAUCAAGUCCACUAUGAAAAACAACUUGAGAACCCUUCAAAAUCCAGAGUUUACUUUAUUGAAAAUCCCGAAGUUCUAGAAGAUUUUCGGAGAAAUUUAAGACGCGAGCAGAAAUCAACAUCUUCUGAAUCCAGUGACUCUUCAGACUUCGAUGGGAGCUCGAAAGGUCAAUUGUCAAACUACAGACAGGAAUCUUUAACGCAAAUUGACGACAAAGAUGCAGCUUCCAGGGACUACAGGGAUAGAUAUAACAAUGAAAAAGACAACCUUAACCCUUCGGACUACUUCUUUAGAAAAUCUAUUGCAAUCCAACCUAGAACUCACGACAUUUUAAAAGAAAUCCGUUUUCCAAACCGUUUUAAGAUUGCAAAUGGCAAGGGCGAAGACGUGAGAAGCAUUUUACGAAAUAACGUUAAUGAAAACAAAAAAAGAUCUGACGAAAUCUACGAUUCCCUUUAUCUAGAUAUUAAAGACGAAUUGUCAUUGGAAAAGGUAAAAGAAAGUCAUGAAAAAUUUGAUAAAAAAAGAAAAGGGAAGGUGAAAGUUUAUAAACCAAAAAGGAGACCUAAAAAAUACAUUAAAGAAAGUUCCAAAGCUAAUCGCAUAGGCAGAGUGAACAAAAUGAAAAAAUAUGGGCGAUGGGCGAAUAAAAAUGGAAAUUUCAAAAUUGAAAGGAAUCCUAAAGUUUACAAACCUAAAUCUAGACCUAAAGCUGCAUUUGACAAUUAUGCGAACAGUUACACACAAGAUAAAAUUUCGCCUCCAUUUGGGAGAACUAGCGCACCUAUGAUCAGUAAGAAAAGUAUUUAUGAGGAGGAGGAAUAA